UAAAGAGGCGCACCAGCCACUUCGCUGGGAGAAAGGCUCGGGCGCGCCAAAGGAGCUGGGGAGACGGAUCGGGUCCCCUCUGGGCUUGGCUCGCUGGCUGGCCCCGCGUCUCUGGCUUCUUCCCCGUCCUUCCGCGGCUUCCUUCUCGGCCAGCAGCUCCGCGCGGACUUGGCCACCGAACUUGGGCGCUCCCUCGCCAGUCCCGAUCGCCCAGCCAGGCUCAGCCCGGAGGUGUCGCUCCGCUCUUCUCGCGCCGGCCCGAUGUGGAGUCACUUCUCCUUCCCGAAGUAAACAGACUCGCCCGCCUCCCGGCCCCGGUCCCGAUCCCCUUCCCCGUCCGGCAUGCUGCUGUUGUUGCUGCCCGUCUGGGCAGGGCUGGCCGCCUGGGCGUGGGGGGCAUCGGGUGCCCAAGAGAGCCCCCCCGGGAGCCGCUUCGUGUGCACCUCGCUGCCCCUGGAUGCCGCCAACCCGGGCUGCCCGCUGCCCCCCAUCCCGAUGCAAGGCGGUGGGCUACCCCCGGAGCAAGAGCUGAAGGCGACGGUGCUGCAGCUGCGGGAGACCAUCCUCCAGCAGAAGGAGACCAUCGGCACCCAGCGGGAGACCAUCCGGGAGCUGACCGACAAACUCGGCCGCUGCGAGAGCACCGGCGCUUGGAAGAAGGAGGUCGCCAAGGGCAAGGACACCAUGGGCGACUUGCCCCGCGAUCCGGCGCUGGUCAUCGACCAGCUCAGCCGCACCAUGCAGACCCUCAAGGAUCGCCUGGAGAAUCUGGAGCACCAGCUCCGGGCCAAUGUCUCAUUUGCUGCCUUGCCCAACGAUCUCCGAGACAUGCUUCAGAGGAGGCUUGGCGAUUUGGAGCGCCAGCUUUUGACCAAAGUGGCAGAACUGGAGAACGAGAAGUCCCUGCUUCAUAAUGAAACUUCCACCCAUCGGCAAAGGACGGAAGCAGCCUUGAAUGCACUCCUCGAACGUGUGUCUGAGUUAGAACGAGGUACCAGCGCCUUUAAAUCACCGGAUGAGUUUAAAGUCUCCCUCCCACUUCGGACCAAUUACUUGUAUGGGAAGAUCAAGAAGACACUGCCUGAGCUGUAUGCCUUCACUGUCUGCUUGUGGCUGAAGUCUAGUGCCUCCCCCGGUAUAGGGACGCCUUUCUCUUAUGCGGUCCCUGGACAGGCCAAUGAAGUGGUGCUGAUUGAAUGGGGGAACAACCCCAUUGAGCUGCUGAUUAAUGACAAGGUGGCCCAGCUUCCCCUCUUCAUCAGUGAUGGGAAAUGGCACCAUAUCUGUGUCACGUGGACAACGAGGGACGGGAUGUGGGAAGCCUUCCAGGAUGGAGAGAAGCUCGGCACUGGGGACAACUUAGCUCCUUGGCACCCCAUUAAACCUGGAGGGAUUCUGAUCCUUGGACAGGAGCAGGAUACUGUUGGAGGAAGGUUUGAUGCCACUCAAGCGUUUGUUGGGGAGAUGAGCCAGUUCAAUAUCUGGGACCGGGUCUUGAAACCCGAAGACAUCAUGACUAUUGCUAACUGCUCCGCCAACAUGCCUGGCAAUAUCAUCCCUUGGGUUGACAACAACGUGGAUGUCUUUGGAGGUGCAUCUAAGCUGCCUGUGGAGACGUGCGAAGAGCGGCUGCUCGAUUUAUAGCCAUGCCCGUUCCCCAUCAAAGUGCCCCGUUUUUAUUGAGACAAUCUCUGUUGAGGUCUGAUGCUCUUUAUGCCCUCUGUUUGCUUCCUUGAGUUAUGACUGACUCCACUGCCAGGGUACCAAAACAAAGAGAUAAAAUGUACAGGAUGCAGAUCUCAUGGGGGGGGACAUCUGCACCAGUGCCACUGAAACCACUGUGAGCAUUUAGCUCACUUCUGUGUUUCUCGUUUAGCUUUUGAUACUUUUCAGUGGAGCUCCUGCAGAAAGCAUUUAUGGCAGAUCUGAGUGUUUGUGUCAGUGUUACUGGCAUGACUUUUAAACAAAAUCGAGCUCUGUUUGCUAACAUGGUGACCUCUGGAUGUGUUGAACUUUGACUGCCAAUGCCUUCCCUGGCCAACAUCUGAGGCAUCAUCUACUGGGCAGUGUAGUAGAUCAGUUAGGGGUUGAGGAAUGCACUUUCAUGGGGUUGGUGAAUCCAUUCUGGAGCGUAAUUUGAAUUGUACAGGAGCUCUCCAGGUUGCUGAAACACAAUCCCAAAAUAUGUUCAGGACCCUGGAGAGCUCCAUUAAACUAACAGCUGGAAUGGCUUCACCACCUUUCUGAAAUUGGAAUCACCAAUCUCGGCUGGGUUAAGAGGACACAACUAGGAUUGGGACCAUUUGUGAAACUCAUGGGGUGACCUCUGGCUGGACAUGUUCUCUAUCUCAGGCUGAUCUACUUCACAAGCUACUGUAGUUGUGUGUAUGUGGGGGUAAAGUGGGGAGGAAGGCCACCUAUCCUGCCUUAAGCUCAUUGAAGGAAAGACGGGAUAUGCAUGUUAACUGAUACACAAUAAGUACAAACAUGGCCCAUGGCUAUGCUGGCUGGGAAAGAUGGGGGUUGUAGUUGAGCACAGCUGGAAGAUGUCAGGUGGAGGAAGGCUGAUUUAAUGGGGUGGAUUGGUUCCCAAUAUUAUUGUGAUCCAUUUGAGAAAUAUCUGCACUAGCUUCAGUUGGCACUGGAGCAGUAUUUUGGAGCAAAAACCAGUGCCCCCCGCACCCAUUUCAUCCCUGUCAAGUGACAGAAUGAACUCUCUUCUAACAGGACAUGGUUAAAUAUAGUGUCAAAUAAAGCACAAUCAUGGCAGUCAGGGGCAUUGCUAGGCUUGGGCUUAUGGGUGUAUAGUCUCGAUUCUAUUUCCCCGUCCUUGGAUCUAUUCCUAUCUGUAUAGUACAGAGAUACAUAUUUUGUCAUGUCCAGUUUGAUGUGCUGAUUUGUGCCCCUAUUGACCUGGGUCCCAAAUUUCCCAAGUGCCUAGUAAUGCCAUUGAUUGCAAGGAUGAAGUUGAAUGAAUUAUUAUAUUAUAAUGGCUCAAAACUCUCCCACCUUUGAGGCUGAUACACCUAGCCUAACAUGUAUGGCUAUUUAGAAGGGAGAAGUGGCUACAGAGAAGAGGGGACUUAGCCCAUCCUCUGCCUACUGCAUUGCACUCAAGCAACUUCCCUCUCCCUCCUGCCCACAGUCCCCAUGCCUUCUACCUGUUUCACACCUAUGAUGCUUUUGGGUUUUGGAGUCUGGGUGGAGAAACCACAAGAGCUUGGGAAUCUUGAGGGACAUAGCAAGCAGAGAAAUUGCUGUGUUUCUCUAGUGCAAAUACAGUAUGCACAUGGCUGUAAGGAGGCUCACAUAAGCUUAAUAAUCCUGUGUUGGCCAUGUAAUGUCUAGGUCAAGUUUAUAGAGCCACUUUUGUGAAGUAUGUGAUGUAUACAGUGGUGCCUCGCUUAACGGGCGCCCCGUUUAACGACGAAUCUGCAU